UCAAAAUACCAUAUUCUUGCCAUUCAACCAAUCAAGAAUGCAUUCUUUUUUCCCAAAAUUUUGUUUCAGAAAUUUCCCACUAAUAUCUUUAAGAAAAGUGGGUUUUUAUUGUUUUUAUAGGCUUGUAUAGAUUCAAACCAUGCGUAAUCCCUUGAUUCAUCUCCGGUAAAAUCCAAAGAAAAGGCAGAACUUGUAAGAAAAUGGCGGAAGAAGAGCAAACAUCGGAAGUCCCUGAGAAAGAAACGAUGGUUGUCGAACAAUCUGCAGAUGUUAAACCGACCGAAAGCACAUCAGAUUUAGAAAACAGUACAAAACCAGAAACCGCUAAGGAAAAGCCGAAAACGGAUCUAGAACAGAUGAGAGAAAAGUUUUCUAAGCUGCUUUUAGGAGAGGAUAUGUCAGGUGGAGGAAAGGGUGUUUCAUCAGCUUUGGCUCUAACGAAUGCCAUUACAAAUCUUGCUGCUUCGGUGUUCGGGGAACAACAUAAACUAGGACCAAUGAAAGAAGAUUCAAAAAAGAGGUGGAGAAAAGAAGUAGAUUGGCUACUAUCGAUCACCGAUCAUAUCGUCGAGUUUGUUCCCGUUCAACACACAGCAAGAGAUGGAUCAAAUAUGGAGAUUAUGGUGACGAAACAAAGAAAAGAUCUUCUCAUGAACAUUCCCGCACUAAAAAAGCUCGACAAGAUGCUCACUGAUUGUUUAGACAAUUUCAAGGAUCAGAAAGAAUUCUGGUAUGUAUCUAAAGAUGCGAAUGAAUCAGAAAAAGGAGUGCAAAGAAACGAUAAAUGGUGGCUACCAACGGUGAAGGUUCCUCCGGGAGGGUUGUCGGAAGAAUCAAGAAAAUGGAUGCAGAAGCAGAAAGACUGCGCGAAUCAAGUUCUGAAAGCUUCCAUGGCUAUAAAUGCUGAAGUUCUUGGAGAAAUGGAGAUUCCUGAGAAUUACAUCGAAACUCUCCCUAAGACCGAAAGCAUCUAUGAUCGAUUUCCAUUCUUGCAGACGUUAGCUUCAAUGUUUCAGUGGUUAGCUUCAUGGGUUGUACACCGUAAUGCCCGAGAUAGCCUUGGUGAUGUUACUUAUAAGAGCCUUACAGUCGAGUUCUUCGACCCAGGGCAAUUCCUAGCAUCUGUGGACUUGUCAUCAGAGCAUAAAAUACUUGAUCUAAAGAACAAAAUGGAAGCUUCGGUAGUCAUAUGGAAGAGAAAAAUGCAUCAAAAAGAGUCAAGAUCUUCAUGGGGUGCAUCUGCAAAAAUGGAAAGGAGGGAACUUUUCGAAGAGAGAGCCGAAACAAUUUUAAUCCUCAUCAAACAACGGUUCCCGGGACUUCCUCAAUCGUCACUAGACAUCUGCAAAAUCGAGUCGAAUAGAGAUGUCGGCCUUGCGGUUCUGGAGAGCUAUUCACGGGUAUUAGAGAGUUUGGCGAACACGGUGAUGAACCGUAUUGAGGAUGUACUUUAUGCAGAUGAUUUGGCACAAAAUUCAUCGGAAAACAACACCAAAUCAUCACCAUCAGAACAAACUCAGGGGAACAAAACUCCGAACGGAACACCUACGACAAUAUCGGAUAUGAUGGGGUGGGGGUCAGAUCAAGGAGAAACUGAGAUGACGGAUGAGUUUUUAGAUAACAAAUCGAUGGGGGACACAACCAAUGAUAUGUUUACAAGAAAACCUACGAGCAUUUUGACCAAUCAUAUAUGGAAAAGCUAGCGGUUGACAUAUUAAGAAGUUGAAAAUCACGUCAAUAGACACACUGGAAACAAGGAAAGAUUGGACAAAAGAUGAAUACUAGGAAUACAAGAGGAUUAUGCAUUUAUGCCCGUUGAACGCAUAAAUAUUUGCAAUGAUUCAAAAAGAGUAUAUUCGCUCAUGAAAAACUCUUUUCCUUCAUACUUGAAUAGAAGGACGAGUUUGUGGAUAUUAACUUUAGUUAUGUUGCUUCUUAGAACGUAUUUACAUCCCCCGAUGUGAUUUUUGUAUAUUGAGUAG